AUGUCGAAUAAAUUUAAAACGAGUUUAUCUACAAAGAUAUCAACUAAAUUUGAUCGACACAUAUUUCUUCCACCAUCAAAUAUAUCAAUACCAUCUGCUGUUGACUGGCGUAAGAGAGGCGCUGUAACUUCAAUAAUUGAGAGUCAAGGUCAAUGUGCUUCAGACUGGGCUUAUACAGCAACGGGUGCACUGGAAGGGCAACAUUUUCUUAAGACGGGCAAACUGGUCCGACUUUCAGCUCAGAAUCUAUUGGAUUGUUCGGGUAAAUUUGGCAAUCAAGGCUGUAAUGGAGGACUGGUGAAUGCCGCAUUUCAAUACAUCAAAGUCAACAAAGGUGUGGAUACAGAAGCAAGCUAUCCAUACGAAGCAAUAGAAGGCAAAUGUCGCUUCAAUCGAUCGACUGUGGGUGCAACUGAUAUAGGUUUUGUUAAUAUUGCAAAAGGAAAUGAAACAGCCUUACAAAUAGCUAUUGCUACUGUGGGUCCAAUCGGAGUGGCGAUUGAUGAUUUACACGAUUCUUUCUAUUUUUAUUCAUCAGGUGUUUAUAAUGAGCCGGCAUGUUCAACUAAAGAAUGGUCUCACACAAUGACUGUUGUCGGAUAUGAUACAUAUAAUAAUGGUGCGACGAAGCAAGAUUAUUAUAUCGUAAAAAAUUCUUGGAGUGAUACAUGGGGUAUGAAUGGUUAUAUCUGGAUGAGUCGCAACAAGAAUAACCAAUGUGGAAUCGCGAACUGGGCCAGUUAUCCACUUGUUUAG